GGUAACGCUCGCGCUGAUCGUUUCCAUUCAAGGAGCGCCGGAUCCUCAAUCGCGCGGAUUGAUUGAUUGAUUAAUAGCGGAUUUUGCAGUGAUUUUGACCAUCAUGGGCUGCGUCACUGGAGAUAUUCACCGGAGCAGACUUUACGCACUCCUCAUCGGGCUGCAUGUUCUCACCGGUGUCUCCAAAUCGCAAGGCUCGGACGCUCGGCGGUCUUUCGUGGAGCUGCGGUUCGUGCUGGAGCCUCAGGACGCGGUGACGGUUUCGGGGCGCGGUGUGCUGCAGCUGGACUGCGAGGCGCGCUCGGAUCAGGGCGUUCCGGUCAUCUCCUGGAAGAAGGACGGCGUGCUGCUGAGCGCGGUGGUGGACGAGCGCAGACAGCUGCUGUCCAACGGAUCGCUCCUGGUGCAGAACGUGCUGCACUCGCGUCACCACCGGCCGGACGAGGGCUCGUACCAGUGCCUGGCCACGCUGGAGGGCCUCGGAGCCAUCGUCAGCCGCACCGCGAAAGUCACCGUCGCCGGUCCUCUGCGAGUGGUCGUCCCCACCGAGUCUGUCUCGGCUCAUCUGGGUGACAUGGCUCUGCUGCGCUGCGAGGUUACUGGUGAGCCCAUGCCCAUGGUGCGCUGGCAGAAGAACAGGGAGGACCUGCCUUUGACCUUUGACCCCGACAGCAGGGUGGUCAUCCUGCCCUCCAGAUCUCUGCAGGUCAGCAGGGUCCAGCCGCCAGACUCGGCCACAUACCGCUGUCUGACGGAGAACCCCAGCAGCUCCCGCACUGGCACAGACGCUGACCUGCGCGUCAUACCGGAGCCCGGAGUAGAGCGAGCGCUGACGUUCCUCCAGAGGCCUCAGAAGGUCACGGCUCUUCAGGGCAGAGAUGCGGUUCUAGAAUGUUCUGCCUCCGGCUUUCCCAACCCAUCCUUCUACUGGAUGAGAGGAGACGAGCUGAUCCAGAGCAGAUCAAAGAAAUACUCUCUCCUGAGCGCCAGCAACCUUCUGAUCAGCAGCGUCACAGACGACGACUCGGGAACAUACACCUGCGUCGCUCAAAACAAACAGCAGAACAUCUCAGCGUCCUGCGAGCUCUCCGUGCUCGUGCCUCCGCAGUUCCUCAGCUAUCCGUCCAACACGUACGCGUAUGAAAGCACGGACAUCGAGAUGGAGUGUGCUGUAACGGGAAACCCGCAGCCCACCGUCCGCUGGGUGAAGAACGGAGAGGCCGUCAUUCCCAGAGGGUGAUUCUGUAAUUCCCUGAGAAAUAUAGCUAGUGGCGGUCAUCUCCAGAUUCUGGGUCUGGUUCGCUCAGAUGAGGGUUUCUAUCAGUGUAUCGCAGAGAACGAGGCAGGAAACAAUCAGGCGAUGGCUCAACUCAUCCUGCUGCAGCCCGUGACCCCGAGCUCAGGCGUCCUCCCCUCUGCUCCUCGUGAUGUGGCCCCUGUCCUCGUGUCCAGUCGCUUCGUGCGCCUCAGCUGGCGGCCCCCGGAGGAGCCGCGCGGAGCCAUCCUGACCUACGGCAUCUUCUUCUCAGAGGAGGGAAUCAACAGGGAGCGUGGCGUGAACGUGACGGAGGCCGAGAGUCUGCAGCUGACGGUCAGUAAUCUCAGACCCGAGGCCAUUUACUCCUUCAGGGUGGUGGCGUAUAACGAGCAGGGGCCCGGAGAGAGCUCAGAGGCCAUCCGACUGUCCACGCAACCCGAGCUUCUGGUUCCUGGUCCAGUGGAGAACCUGCGGGCAGAAGCUGCGUCUCCAACCUCCAUCCAAGCGUCCUGGGAUCCUCCGUCCCACGCCAGCGGCCCCAUCCAGAGCUACAGACUGCUGUGGACCGAGACGUCCACCGGGAAAAGUCAGAACGUGGAGGUGGUGGGUCAGAGCUACAGGAUGGAGGGACUGAAGAAGUUCACAGAGUAUUCGUUACAAGUGCUGGCGGUCAAUCGGCACGGGCCGGGCCUCUCCGAUACAGACACGCUCAUCACCACGCUCUCAGACGUGCCCAGCGCUCCACCGCAGAACAUCUCACUGGAGGUCGUCUACUCACGGAGCAUUAAGGUGAGCUGGCAGCCUCCACCUGCAAACACGCAGAACGGAUUCAUCACCGGAUACAAGAUCCGGCAUCGCAAAACAGGCCGGCGGGGGGAACAGGAGGCCAUCGAACCCAACAACCUCUGGUACCUGUUCACCGGAUUGGAGAAAGGCAGCCAGUACAGCUUCCAGGUGGCAGCCAUGACGGUCAAUGGCUCGGGGCCCAGCAGCGAGUGGCACACGGCCGAGACGCCGGAGAACGACCUGGACGAAACUCAAGUUCCCAACCAGCCGAGCUCUCUGCACGUGCGUCCGCUGCCCAACAGCAUCAUCAUGAGCUGGAGCUGGACGCCGACCCGCUCAAACCCCAAACAUCCUCAGUCAAGCGUGCGCGUAUUCUACAUCCCCAACAUCCUCGUGCGCGGCUACAUCAUCGGCUACGGAGUGGGCAGCCCAUACGCCGAGACCGUGAGAGUGGACAGCAAGCAGCGAUACUACUCCAUCGAGAACUUGGAGCCCAGCUCUCAUUACGUCAUCUCUCUGAAGGCCUUCAAUAACGCAGGUGAAGGAGUUCCUCUGUACGAGAGCGCUGUCACCAGAUCCAUGUCAGACCCCUCGGACCCGUCCGAUGACGAUCUGUUCCAUCUGUUUGAUAAAUUCCCUACCCCCAUCCCAGAUACGUCCACGCCCAUGAUUCCUCCUGUAGGUGUGCAGGCCGUGGCGCUCACGUCCGACUCGGUGCGUGUCAGCUGGGCCGAUAACUCCAUUCCCAAGAACCAGAAGUCCUCGGAGGUGCGCUACUACUCCGUCAAGUGGAAGACCAGCCACUCCACCAGCAGCAAAUACAAGUCGGCUGAUACUACAGCUCUCAGUCACACUGUCACGGGUCUGAAGCCCAACACCAUGUAUGAGUUCUCUGUUAUGGUGACUAAAGGACGCAAGUCCAGCACGUGGAGCAUGACAGCACAUGCCACCACUUAUGAAGCAGCACCGAGCUCCGCCCCAAAGGACCUGACUGUGAUUGGCCGAGAGGGACGUCCGCGAGCCAUUCUGAUUAGCUGGCAGCCACCGCUGGAGGCCAAUGGACGAAUCACAGGUUAUAUCCUGUACUACACUCUGGACAAGAACAUGCCCAUCGACGACUGGGUGAUGGAGCCCAUCGGCGGAGACCGGCUCACACACCAGGUCAUGGACCUCAACCUGGACACCGUCUACUACUUCCGCAUCCAGGCCAAGAACGCCAAAGGAGUGGGGCCUCUGUCGGAGCCCGUGCAGUACAGGACGGCCAAAGUUGAGCAUCCGGAUAAGAUGGCCAAUGAUCAAGGUCGUCAUGGAGACAGCGGUUACUGGCCUUCUGACAAUAACCCGAUUGACAUGAGCAGCCUGAACGAGCCUCCGAUCGGUCAGAUGCGGCCGCCUCAUGGCAGCGUGACGCCGCAGAAGAACAGCAACCUGCUGGUGAUCAUCGUUGUUUCUGUGGGAGCCGUGACUGUGGUGGUGGUGGUGAUCGUUGCCCUGAUCUGCACGCGCCGCUCAUCCGCACAGCAGAGGAAAAAACGUGCAACACACAGCGCUGGGAAACGAAAGGGCAGCCAGAAAGAUCUACGACCUCCUGACCUCUGGAUCCAUCAUGAGGAGAUGGAGCUGAAGAACAUAGAGAAGCCCUCAAGCUCCGCCCCCUCCGGCCACGAGUCUCCAAUCCAGAGCUGCCAGGAGAUGGCGCCGGUCAGCCACAGCCAAUCAGAGAGCCAGAUGGGCAGCAAGAGCAGCCACUCAGGUGCAGACGGGGAUGAGGCUUCCAGCAGCAUUUCCACGUUAGAGCGAUCGUUAGCCGCCCGCCGGGCCACACGCACCAAGAUGAUGAUUCCCUUGGACUCUCAGCCCAGCAACACACCGGUGGUCAGUGCCAUACCAGUUCCAACACUUGAAAGCAGUCAGUAUCCAGGCAUCCUUCCGUCACCCACCUGUGGAUUCACCACACACCCCAAAUUCACCCUGCGGCCCAUGCCUUUCUCCACGCUAAGCGUCGACCGCAGUUACGCUGCCGCAAUGUCAGCGGAGGGCGCCGGUCCAAUGGCCCCGCAGCAGCCGCAGCCACUGAUUCCCACAGCGCAGUCGGAGCCGUCGGGGUCGGAAGAGAUUCCCAGCCGCACCAUCCCGACCGCUUGUGUGCGGCCCACGCAUCCCCUGCGCAGCUUCACCAACCCCCUCCUGCCUCCACCCAUGGGCACCAUCGAGCCCAAAGUCUACACGCCCAUGACAGGCGGGAGUUUACCCAAACCGCAGGUGAAGACGGCCUCGCUGGGUCAGGCUGGGAAGGCCCGCUCUCCGUUACUGCCUGUUUCAGUGCCGACCGCUCCGGAGACGACUGAAGACGGACAGAAGCAGCCAGACGACCCGGCCAGCGUGUACGAGCAGGACGAUCUGAGCGAGCAGAUGGCCAGUCUGGAAGGUCUGAUGAAGCAGCUCAAUGCCAUCACGGGUUCAGCCUUUUAACGCAGACGCAGAGGACUCUCUCUGAUUCACCUGAACCCCUCGAACGGGAUUAUAAAGGGAAAAUGACUCCGAACCGAAUCUCCUCGCUGGAGAAGAAGCGUCUCUUUUCUAACACUGUCUGAGAUUUUAUACUGGUUUACGUACACGUCCGAGUGAAUCCAUCAGGAGGAAGACUGUGAGGAUUCCUGAGCUUCAUCUACUGACGGAAACCUUUCCCAUGGGAUUAUUAACAAUUCAUCUCAAACACGACCGAGUUGCCAAAAUGCAAACUUUUCACUGACAUCUUGCCAAUCUAUUGCUGCCAAAAUCCCUUGAAUACACUUCACUAGGGAACUGUAUGUUCACACUACAAAGCGGUCGGAUGAAGCCGAGAAGAUGGGAUCAUUUUGCUCACGCAGCACUGAUUUUGUUGUUGAUUGUUUGUUGUGUCUCUUUGUGAAUCUCAUAUUGGUUUAUUAUUUGACCGCAGUGAAACUGUAAACCCCUGCGGUGAGCUCACAUUAUGCAUUUCAUCUCCAUCCAGGGAUAAAUGAACCACUCGUGCUGCCAAAAAUGAUUUUCUUCCUCAGUAUUUUUGACUUGUUUUCCGCUAAAAAUAUCUAAAUGUUCUUAAAUCAAGAUGCAUUUACUUGAGAAGCAAAAUGACGUCAGAUAACAAGUCUUCUUUUCUGAUAAAGGUAUAAAAAUGUAGUUUACACUUGAAACUAGAAAAAAAAGGGGGGAAAAACGUAUUUUUCUGAACCUGUCUGCAGAUAUUUUUUUCUUGGUUUAAGCAUUUUUUUUUUUUUUGUAAACAAGUCAUUUGUUUCUCCAGUAAAUGUCCCAUGCACCAAAAAAACAAAAUCAAAUAAAAUUUUCAGCUUAUUUUAAAAUAUACAAAAAUAGGCCAAAAAGUAUAUUUGCUAAAAUGUGUUUCAAAAUAUAUUUAUGUAAAUAUAUUUUCUACAAUAUUUUUUUGGCCAUUUUGGUGUAUUUUUGAAAAUAUAUGUUUCAAAAGCAUAAAAAUGAGUUCAUAUAUUUUCAAUCAUAGAAAAUGCAUUCACAUUUCACACUUGUAGAAAAUAAUUAUUUGUUGUCUAUAACACACAUGAACAUUUGAUCAAAAAAUGUAGCUACUGUAAGAUUCUAAAUGUAUUUUCUUGCCCCUGAAAUACAUUUUGAAAUAUAUAUUUGGUAUAUGAAGGUUGAAUAUAAACAUAUUUUCUAUAUUUAGUUUAUUGUUUACAACAUAUAUUUUGGCCAGAAUUUUUUCCCUUUUUUCUUUUGAAAUGUUGAUAUAUUUGUGCUGGAAAGCAAGUGAAAAACACUGAAGAGGAGAAUGUUUCUGGUCUUGGGUUGGUUUGGCUGUGACGGUGAUCAGUCGGGCGGCGGAGGGUGAAAAAGGAGGACAAACAUGGCAGAUGACUGAAUUCAUUUGUCAAAUAAUGUUAAUGUGACCGCUUUGAGACAUUUAAUGCGUCUCACACCAUCAGCUUUCCGUUCAUCUCUUUUUUGUUAUGUCAGGAAGCGCAAACAAGACUUUUUAUGUGCCUAUAUAUAUUUUUGUUCACUUUUUGGUCACUUUAUUUAUUUGCUGUGCUGCGAGACAAAAGAUGGAAGAUGAAUGAAGGAUGAAAUGCGUCCCUAUAUUUGAUAUUUUUCUGGUAGCGUACAGACCCUGUAGCUGUUUUUUACUGUACAGAUGCAGCGAGCGACUGAUGGACUGAUCGCUGUGGCGUCAUGGACUCGUUGGGUUUCUACGAUAUAUUUAAUAUAUGAUUUAGAUUGUUCCUUUCACAGUAAUUUAUGAAGACGAUGUGACUAAAUCUAGAGCUUUUAUUUAGCCCAUUAGGAGAAUAAAGGAGGGGGAAUUCUGGGACGGAUUUUCACUGUGUUUUUGAAGGAAGAUAUUUUGCUUCAGCAUCAUAACACACCUUCGGUUGUCUUUCGUUUUUGUGUCACGUUAAAUAUGAUCGACAACAUUCCUGACGUUUGGAUCCUCCCAUAAUGUUCCGUCUGAAGCGCAGAGUUUGUGUGGAUGUGCAGUCGCUCUCAGAAAGGUCAGAAGUUACAGUAACACUUUCUAUGAAGCCCAUAUUUAUAAUACAUUAUAAGGAUAUACAUUAUAAUGCAUUAUAAAAAACUAUGUUAUAUCAUCAUAACAACAAUUAUAAUACAUUAUAAUGCUUACGCAUUUGUGGUUAUAACUUUUAAGGUUAUGAUUAUUUAUAACACAGAAUGUUGAUUGCUUUAAGUAAAGAGCAUAAGAAAGAUGGCAAGAUAUGAGACUUAUAAUACAUUAUAACUAUGAGAAAUAUAAUCUGUUGUUACUUAAGUGAAUGCAACAUGUUCACUGUGUGUAAUAGACCAUCAUACUCUUAAACGCUAUAACCACAAAUAAGUAAAUAUUAUAAUAAAUUAAAAAUAUGAAUAUUCAUAAGAUGAUAUAACAUAUUAUAAGGUUUUUUUAAUGCAUUAUGCAUUCAUUAUAAUGCCUUA